AUGACAGAUCAGACUCAAUUUGUGUGUUUUUAUUCUCUUGCAGAAAACCACGUAACCUGUGUCUUCUCAGAGGAUUGUGUCCUGCCCUGCAGCUUCCAUCCUGACAGUGAGAAUAUAAUCCACUGGCUGAAAGUAGAAGACAAGGACCUGACCAUCCACUCCUACUACUACAGUACAUAUCAGCUCAAACAGCAGAGCCAGCGUUACAGAGGGAGAACAGCCCUGUUCAAUGACCAGAUCCCCAAAGGAAACGCUUCACUACUGCUGAGAGGGAUCACACUCCAGGACCAGGGCAGAUACAAGUGUUACACCAGCACUAUUAAAGGCAACAUGGAGUCCUUCAUUAACAUAGCAGUGGAAGCUCCAGUCCGCUUGGUGGACAUACAGUUAUCAGAUGACAUCAUCACCUGCAGUUCUACAGGUAUCUACCCUGAGCCUAAACUCACCUGGUCAACUGACUCUGACCUUUCAUUUGACCCUGGAACCAUCCAGAACUCCACCAGCAUCAAGGUGGAUGACCAGGGCCUCUAUGACAUCACCAGAACAAAACAGUUUAGCAGAGACCUAACCAACACCUCUCCUGUCCAGGGUUCUCCAAGCAGUGAGGUGUCCAUCCCCUGCAGUGUCUCUCAGUCUGACCUCCUGACCUUUAACCUCACCUGGAGGUUCAACCAGAUGGUCACCAUUCUCACCUCCACCAAGGAUGCAUCUCAGAUGUAUAUUGAUGACAAGUGGAAGGAGCAGGUUCAGAGUUUGUCUGACUCUGGCAGCCUUCAGCUCCACAAGUUAACCAUGGUCCACCAGGGGACCUACAGCUGUGAACUCUCUACUGCCAGAGACACACACCUGAUCCUCACCUACCUGCAGAUCACACCUGAUAAACUAUCUGAUGUUUCAGAUGGACUGAGUCCAGGUUCAAUCACUGGUAUAAUAAUAGUAGCAGUGAUUAUAGCAGCAGUGAUAUGUUACCUGCUGAGAGGUAAGUUAUGA